GUUAAAACUUUCCUUUGUUUCUUCUAUUCUUCAGGCUCUGUGAUCCUCAGCCAACUGACAUUAUAAUUGAUCCAAUGAGUGGAACAGGGGCUAUACCAAUAGAGGGGGCUACUGAGUGGCCUAGCUGUUAUCAUAUUGCAGGUGAUAACAAUCCACAGGCUGUGAAAAGAGCAGCAAAUAAUAUCUGCUCUUUGUUGAAGAAAAAUCAGAAUAAAGAAAGUGGUACUUCCUGGGGCAUACCCAUAGAUACCAUUCAGUGGGAUAUCUGCAAUCUCCCCUUGAGAACCAGCUCUGUGGAUGUUAUUGUAACAGACAUGCCAUUUGGAAAGAGGAUAGGAUCUAAAAAGAAGAACUGGAAUCUCUACCCAGCUUGCCUUAUGGAGAUGAGUCGCAUCUGCAGGCCUGGGACAGGGAGAGCUGUACUACUUACCCAAGACAAGAAAUGUUUUGCCAAGGCCUUGUCAAAAAUGGGACACUUGUGGCAAAAGGGUCAUACAGUCUGGGUGAAUGUAGGGGGACUUCAUGCUGCAGUUUAUCUUCUGAAACGUACCUUGGAAAGAGCAGGAGAGAAAAGAUCAUACUGGUAACCCACCUGUCGGCAAACAUAUGAAGCAGCAUCCACUUGCCUGAAUUUCUUAGAAAGCUGUUUGCUAGAGUGUAUGCCUUAAAUUUCUGUUAAGAAAAUACUGAUCCAGGGAUCAGCCUGAAAAGCAUCAUUUCCACUGUGUACCCUGGAACCUUUUUAUUUGAAACCAAGUAGAAAAAAAGCAGAUCCACCAACAGAAUGACCAGUUCUUUCCUGUGCAUAUGAAUCUGCUUUACCAUGUUUAUGGCAUUUUUCACUUAAAUGUACGUUUUCAUGUUCACAAGGGAACUAGCAGGGUAACUUUGCAAAAUGGUAGAAUGUGUGUGAAGAUCUCAAACUGCUGAUGUACAAGACUACUGAAGACUGUCUUCUUGGUUGUCUUUAGUUUGAGGGUUUUUUUGGUAAUAGUGUUGCUUUAUGGAAGGAUUUUUUCCCAAUGGAGAGAUGUCUCCUUUCUGUUUCAUUAGUUAAUAGCAUUGCCAAAAUGUAAGAAGACUAACACAAAGUAGUGCCUCCAUUUAUGUUUUGCUAGAAAUGGCAUCUGCUUUGCACUACAGUACCUUGAUACUGCUGCCUCUGUUCUCACCUGCUACCUCAACUAAGUGCUAAUUUAGUAAAUGUUUACGUAUUAUGUAUCCCUACUGUAGGUGGGGUGGAGAAAUGUAAAAAGAGGCCUUAGCAAAGUGUUUGUUUAAUUUAAAAAAAAUGUGAAAUACUGUAGCACUCUUCAUAUACUACUGCAUAUUUCUUGUGUUUGGGUGGACAGAUUUAGACUAGAACAUGAUUGCAAGGAUACAUUUGAAUUCAACAGGCUGACUAGAUGCUUUAGCUGUGCUACCACCUCAAGAGGAAUGUGGUAACAGUUGGAUGAAUGGAAGCUUUAAAAGUGAUUUUUUUUGUCCCUACUGUAAAUGUACAGUAAGUGGUUUCUCAAGUCUGUCAUCCCUCUUGUAUCGGGUAAAAAUGAUAGUUACCAGUUUGUCAAUCAUCUUCCUCAAAGAGUUCAUGCCAUCCUUCACUGUUGAAAGUGUUUAAGGAUGGAAGAGUAAAUAUUUAAGUUCUAGAUGUUUUGGAUAAGAGUUGGGUUCUUUAGGAUUUUCCUGUCUUAGUUACAUUCAUUCACUAUUUCUUGUUCUGUAGUAGACUUUCAUGCAGCUCUUAAUACUUACUGAACAAGACUCUUCAUAUAGGAAAUAAAGCACCACCACUGUUACAGUUCUAAUAAGGGUAUUCUAUCCCUCUAAUUCUUUUGUUCAUACAAGCACGUGUGUCCCCCAUGUGACCAUGGCAAGGUAACAUUCAGCCACAGCGCAUGGAUGUUUUUUUGUUCCUCAAAAGUUCCUUGUUGCACUGAGCUUUUACUUUAUGAUUUUACCUGAAUAUAAUAAAGGCUUAACAUAGAUUA